AUGCGGCCUACCUCACCCCACGCUGUGGCCACACCACCGCCUCAGUGCCUCACACCACGCUGUGGCCCACCACCGCCUCAGUGCCUCACACCACGCUGUGGCCACACCACCGCCUCAGUGCCUCACCCUACGCUGUGGCCACACCACUGCCUCAGUGCCUCACACCACGCUGUGGCCACACCACCGCCUCAGUGCCUCACCCCACGCUGUGGCCACAUCACUGCCUCAGUGCCUCACACCACGCAGUGGCCACACCACCGCCUCAGUGCCUCACCCUACGCUGUGGCCACACCACCGCCUCAGUGCCUCACCCUACGCUGUGGCCACACCACUGCCUCAGUGCCUCACCCUACGCUGUGGCCACACCACUGCCUCAGUGCCUCACCCUACGCUGUGGCCACACCACCGCCUCAGUGCCUCACCCUACGCUGUGGCCACACCACUGCCUCAGUGCCUCACCCUACGCUGUGGCCACACCACCGCCUCAGUGCCUCACCCUACGCUGUGGCCACACCACCGCCUCAGUGCCUCACCCCACGCUGUGGCCACACCACUGCCUCAGUGCCUCACCCUACGCUGUGGCCACACCACCGCCACAGUGCCUCACCCCACGCUGUGGCCACACCACCGCCACAGUGCCUCACCCCACGCUGUGGCCACACCAACGGCAAUAGGCAAUAA